GAUAGUUUACACCCAUUGUCGGCUCAUUCGAGGUUCCAAUUAUCCGACAUGCCAAUAGAACUGCAACCGGAAAAGUCAUUGAAAAAACGCUCGUGGUUCUUUUUGGCUUGGGUCACUAGUCUGGACUUCAUCAUCGAACCUCAGAGCUUUUGUUACGUGGCUUGGUUAAGCUUAGUGACCAUGUGCUACCUGUAUAAUUGUUGGGUAAUACCGUUGCGUAUAACAUUUCCUUAUCAGACUUCGGAAAACCUAUGGAAGUGGAUGUUGCUAGACUAUUGCACGGACGCAAUAAAUUUACUGGACACAUUUGUGAUCAAACCACGAAUCAUGUACCUUAAGGACGGUUUUUGGGUGCGUGAUCUGAAACUUAUCGAAGUCAACUAUUUGGAAAAACUCCAAUCGAAAUGUUAUCAUUACAAAAUGCUGUCAGGGUAUAUACGAUGUUUUUUCUUCGCCACCAAAACAGCAACAUCCAUCGGAAAAAAUCCACAUCCUGAAAACGAAGCUGAAUACUUGUUUAUGACUGCUAGUUGGCUAAUGGGCGUUUUUGUAUUUGCGAUUUUAAUCGGACAGAUUCGUGAUAUAAUAGCGACGGCCACUAGAUCUCAAACCGAAUAUAGGAAACUCCAAGACGAGACGUUAGAAUAUUUGAGAAAAUUGAACAUACCUCCACGAAUACGACAACGGGUGGAACAAUGGUUUUCGUUCACUUGGGAACAGCAAAGAACUUUAGAUGAGAAUCGUAUUUUGGACUCUCUGCCACAUAAAAUGAAAACCGAUGUAGCCAUAAACGUGCACAUGAAGACGUUGAACAAAGUGCAGUUGUUCAAAGACUGUGACAAAGCAUUAUUACGAGAGCUGGUGUUGAAAUUGCGUCCGAUAUUGUAUUUGCCAGGCGAUUAUAUAUGCCGCAAAGGUGAGGUUGGCAAAGAGAUGUACAUCGUGAAAACCGGACAAGUACAAGUAGUCGGUGGUGAAAAUGACGACGAAGUAUUAGCCACACUCACGGAAGGAUCAGUGUUUGGUGAAAUCAGUUUGUUGAGCUUGUGUGGUACUAACCGGAGAACAGCGGACGUCAGGUCCCAUGGGUUUUCCAAUAUUUUUGUUUUAAGCAAAGAAGAUCUUAAUGAAGCCAUCAAGUUUUACCCGAAUGCCCAAGAAAUACUUAAACGUAAAGCGAGGUGA